GGAGGUACGAGACGGUGGCCCAAGCUCGCGGAGAGGUGAAAUGAGCGGAAGGCGACGGUCGCGAACGAGUCUUUGACCUUGGGAAAAGGGGGCAGAUGAGGCUCGAGCUGCCGCGGUCGAGGGUUGGCGGGCUGGCGGGCGUGUGCUGGGUGGACGGCGCAACAGGAGCAAGGGAGCCAGGGGAUGCCAGGCGGACCGGACCCAGCGACACUUGUUCCCCUAUCGAGCCAAAGCCGCACGUCUGGGUGGGCCGCGAGCAGCAACAGGGCCACGGGCUAGUCGAUGUCAAAAGGAAAAAAAGGGUUCAGAUAUCGCCUACGCAGCCUACAGCGGGAGGGGUGAGAGGGGGCAGUCAGGGACGAAGGGGAGCACAGUUCCGGGCGAGGGCGACGGCUGGUGCGUGUGCGUGUGUGCUUGGGUUGCAAAAGUCUCGUUGAAGCCCACUAACGGCGCGGGG